CUCACUCACAUUAGGUGUUCGACAUGAAGAUUAACUUCGAUUGAUUGGUAAAAUUCGAAUUGACAUGUGCGAACGAAACGCACGUGUCGCCGGUUAGACAACAUUCACAGUUUACCUGCUUGUUUUGUUUUGAUGUCGGAAUGUGUCGUAGCGAUAGCCGUCCGGCCACGAGGCGUCUAAUUUUCGUUGUUCUGUGCGCUGUCUCUCUUCGAUCGUAUGACUCCGUCUGAAUGAGACAGGCGUGUCACACCGGUGGUUGUUUGUAUUUGAUUUCGAUAAAAGAUGGACGACCAGAGCAUCACAUUAGAUGUUAACCCUAAAGCAUAUCCUUUGGCUGAUCAGCAGAUGACCACAAAAAUUUUAAACUUAGUUCAACAAGCAAUGAACUAUAAACAACUACGUAAAGGAGCAAAUGAAGCCACUAAAACUUUAAAUAGAGGUAUUUCUGAAUUCAUAGUUUGUGCUGCAGAUGCAGAACCUUUAGAAAUUUUACUACACUUGCCAUUAUUAUGUGAGGACAAAAAUGUGCCGUAUGUUUUUAUUAGAUCAAAACAAGCAUUAGGCCGAGCAUGUGGUGUUUCAAGGCCAGUCAUAGCGUGUUCCAUUACCACUGAUGAAGGUUCACAAUUACGGCCUCAAAUACAACAAGUUCAGACUGAAAUUGAAAGACUAUUGGUUUAAUUUUGUACACAUUUUAACAUUUAUAAUACUGAUUUGGGAAUAUUAAUAAUAAUAAUAAUUCAUCAUUCAAAUGUUUAAA